GAACAGGGUCAUCGGUCAUCUUUUUCUCUCUCGCAGCUACAGGGACGCUUGGCAUGUGACGCUCGAAAGGGAUUUUCUUCCUUGAUGCAACUCUGAAAAGUGGUGCUUCUCUUUUUUAGGGAUUGACAAAUCAGAACAUGGCUGUCGAUUCGAUGAUCUUGCGGAACUGGAUCGGGCUGUUUUUGAUGGGAGCCAUUAACAACCUUCCGUACGUUGUGAUAAAUUCAGCUGCAAGCACCAUAGCUAGCGAGUAUGGCCAGACGAACUUUGUUGGCCUGGUCUUUGGAGCCAAUGUUGCUGCAGCUUUUGUUGUCAAAUCUUUGAACACAUUCUUUCUGCUGAAAGUUCCAUAUGCUAUAAGGAUUGUGAUCAAUGGACUUCUGAUGUUAGGAGGUUUGCUUGGCAUAGCUUUCUCUUCAUCUUUUGGCAUGGCCCUUGCAUGUAUUGUGGUAGCAGGGUCCAGUGCAGCAUUUGGAGAGAAUGUCCUCCUUGGCUACCUGUCCAAGUUUCCUGGCAAGCUGGUCAAUGCAUAUGCUAGUGGCACAGGAAUGGCUGGGUUGCUGGGAGCUGGACUCUUCAUCAUCUUUGGCUGUGUUGUACAAAACACAACCAAGGCUGAGGACAAACAAGAUCAACUAAAAGAAUUGGACAGGUAUGCCUUCCUGCUGACCAUGCCAGUGGUGCUGAUCUACUGGAUGGCACAAUAUAACAUUGGUGUGAUUUCCAGGUAUGCCUUCCUGCUGACCAUGCCAGUGGUGCUGAUCUACUGGGUGUCAUUCUUCUUCAUUGUGAAGGCUCCACACAAACACAGGGCAGAAAGGAUACAGAGGAUUGAGAAAAGUAGUGUACCGUAUAAACCCCUCGUUGCCUCUGGCUCAGAGAACAACAUACAGUAUCCCACACUGCUAAAACCAGAUGAAGAGGCAGAUUUCCAUUACAGAUCCUCCUCUGAACACCCAGAAGAUGACACAACUGGCGACGGUGCAGGUCACAGUGUCACUGGUCAUCAGUAUAUCACCUCUGUCCCUGUGUUACUACCUCCAGAGACACGUCCUCAGAGAUACUGGAGGUGUUUUAAACUGGUUAUAUGGCACAGUAUCAAUUUAAGCUUGGUGUAUCUGUUUGAAUAUGUGGCCAGAGCUUGUGCCUCCAAAGUGGAAGCAAAGAGUGCGUAUAAUGUGGGCUGUCCAGAGUUUUAUGCAGCAUUGCAGUUUUGCUACCAGGCGGGUGUGUUUGCAUCCAGGUCUUCAGUACAGAUCAUCCAGAUAAGACGCGUGGAGGUGUUAACACUGUUACAGCUGGUCAACAUGGUGGUCUGGCUGCUGGACGUCCAUUUUAAAGUGAUUCCCGAGUACCUCCUGCCAGCGUACAUGAUCUAUGUUGGUCUCCUGGGAGGGGCGUCCUACGUAAACAUCUUCUACCUCCUGCUGCAUGAUGGGAAAUAUCCAGACGAGGACAGAGAAAUAUGUAUCAACAUCGCAGGAUUGUUUGUCACCCUUGGGAUCACGUCAGCCACAGGAUUGGAAACUGCCCUUUUUGAAACAAUUUUAAAAGAGGAUUAACUCUGUGACAUCAUUGCUUGUUUUAAAAGA